CUCAUCUGCAAAACAGGAUUGGAGACAGUGGGCAUCAGAAAUAAUACCUUUCUCAAAAGGUGCAAGGGGGGAUCCAAUGAGAUAAUGUAUAUGGAACCACUUCAUAAACUAGUAAAGGCUAUCGAAAUGUCUUAGCAAUGAGCAUUAUAUUUAUAUAGAUCACCUUUGCCUUUUAAAACUGCUUCCAGAUUUAUUAUCUCCUUUUUUUUAAUCUUCACAACAGGCCUAUGAGGGAAGUAGGGCGGGAAUCAUUAUCUACGUUUUACCAUCUGUUAAUGUAGACAAAUGGGGUCCAUGGAAGCUGAGACUCGCCUAGGGUUACACACAGUGUGUCCGGCUGCGUUAUGCCUGGGCUCAACCCUGGACUUACUGAAUCCCCUUCUAACACUUUGCUUUCUAAAAAACAGCCAGCAGACUUAAGCAUGAUGUACUGAAGUUAUGCUGCAAGGUAAAAAAAUGAAAUUAUUCCUAUUCAAUAAGCAACCCGAGCUACACCAUGAGUCCAAAGCUGAAUAAUCAUAACAUUGAUAUGAUGAUGACAGAUCGCUACCCAUUGUGCUAAGCAUUUUAUACAUAUUAUUUUAUUGAAUCCACAUAUAACUCUAUGAGGUGCUGCAAUUAGCAGCCUCAUUUUACAAAUGAGGAAAGCAAGGCAGAAUAUGGUUCAGGAAUUUGUCCAUGGUUCACAGAGCUAGUAAGUGCCAUGAAAGCCUGCAAGUAUUAAUUUGCGAAGGCUGCUGUAACAGAAUACCACAGACUAGGUGACUUAAACAACCAAAAUUAUCUUGCAGUUUUGGAGGUUAGAAGUCUGGAAUCAAGGUGGCAGCAAGAUUGGUUCCUCCUGAGGGCUGUGAGGGAAGGAUCUGUUCCAGGCCCCUCUCCUUGGCCUAUGGAUGGCCAUCUUUUCCCUACAUCUCCUCACGGCAACUUCCCCCUGGACAUGUCUGUCUCUGUGUCCCAAUUUCCCAUUUUUAUAAGGACCUGAGUCAUAUUGGAUUGUGGCCCACCCUAAUCCUCAUUUUCAUUUAAUCACCUCUGUCAUGACCCCAUCUCUAAGUAAGGUCACAUUCUGAGGUACCAGGGUUUAGGACUUUAGCAUAUGUACAUUCUCAACUUAUGAUGGCUUGACUUACAAUGGCUCGACUUAACAAUUUUUAAAUUUUGAUGAUGCAAAAAAGAUUUCGGCACAGUAUUCAAUAAAUUACAUGAGAUAUUCAAUACUUUAUUAUCAAAAUAGGCUUUGCAUUAGAUGAUUUUUCCUAACUGUAGGCUAACAUAAGUGUUAUGAGCAUGUUUAAGGUAGGCUAGGCCAAGCUAUGAUGUUUGGAAGGUUAAACUUAUUAAAUGCAUUUUCAACUUAUGAUAUUUUCAACUUAAGAUGGAUUUAAGAUGUUUUCAACUUAUGAUGGGUUUAUUGGACUGUAACCCCAUCAUAAGUUGAGGAGCUUCUGUAUUAAUUUGGUGGUGGGAGGACACAGUUUAACCUAUUACACUGGAUACAAACCCAGGUGGGCAGGUCAGUUGCCUGCAGACCUCAUACUGGUAAGCAUCAUGCUUUGCUGCUUCCUGAUGUUACAAAAUUGUAUCAUUCUGCAGCCUUUUGAUAAGAAUGAAUGUCAAAACCUAGAGCAUGGUACUUGACCUCCAAAUCCAUUCUUAGAGCCACUGAACAGAAAUCUACCCUCUAAAAGUUCUUAGGCUGGAAAUGUGCUCCAAGAAAAUGUUUAUCUAAGCGACUGGUUUCCAGCUUACUAGGCAAUUUGGCAUUGAGGACUUUUCUCAUAAACAUUUACAAAUAUUCUGCUCUGUAAUGAAGUUAAUCAGUAAACCACAUAACCUCUGGCCUCUUUUACUCCUCACCUAGUCUCAUUUUCAGUUGCUGUGCAUAAGCUCAGAAUGGUAAUGCAGUUUCAGGGAUUAGAAAAUCCAAUUCAAAUUAGUCCUCACCACAGCUACACACCGUCAGGAUUUCUCACGGGAAUGAUGAAUGCGAAGGCUGCUAAAGGUGUACUAACAGAACAAGUGGCAGGUCCUCUGGGACAGAAUCUAGAAGUGGAACCGUACUCACAAUACAACAAUGUUCAGUUUCCCCAAGUUCAACCACAGGUUUCCUCAUCAUCCUAUUAUUCCAACCUGGGCUUCUACCCCCAGCAGCCUGAAGAGUGGUACUCUCCGGGAAUAUAUGAACUCAGGCGAAUGCCAGCUGAAACUCUCUACCAGGGAGAGACUGAGGUAGCAGAGAUACCUGUAACAAAGAAGCCCCGAAUGGGCACGGCAACAGGGAGAAUCAAAGGGGAUGAGCUGUGUGUUGUUUGCGGAGACAGAGCCUCUGGAUACCAUUAUAAUGCACUCACCUGUGAGGGAUGCAAAGGUUUCUUCAGGAGAAGCAUUACCAAAAACGCUGUGUACAAGUGUAAAAACGGGGGCAACUGUGUGAUGGAUAUGUACAUGCGAAGAAAGUGCCAAGAGUGCCGACUAAGGAAAUGCAAAGAGAUGGGAAUGUUGGCUGAAUGUAUGUAUACAGGCUUGUUAACUGAAAUCCAGUGUAAAUCUAAACGACUGAGAAAAAAUAUGAAGCAGCAAGCAGUUCAGACCGUGAAUGAAGACAGUGAAGGUCGUGACUUGAGACAAGUGACCUCGACGACUAAAUCAUGCAGGGAGAAAACUGAACUCACCCCAGAUCAACAGAAUCUUCUACAUUACAUUAUGGAUUCAUAUAGCAAACAGAGGAUGCCUCAGGAAAUAACAAACAAAAUUUUAAAAGAAGAAUUCAGUGCAGAAGAAAAUUUUCUCAUUUUAACUGAAAUGGCUACCAAUCAUGUACAGAUUCUUGUUGAAUUCACAAAAAAGCUGCCAGGAUUUCAGACUUUAGACCAUGAAGAUCAGAUUGCUUUGCUGAAAGGGUCUGCAGUUGAAGCUAUGUUCCUCCGUUCAGCUGAGAUUUUUAAUAAGAAACUUCCAUCUGGACAUGCUGACCUAUUAGAAGAAAGAAUUAGAAAGAGUGGUAUCUCUGAUGACUAUAUAACGCCUAUGUUUAGUUUUUAUAAAAGUAUUGGGGAAUUGAAAAUGACUCAAGAAGAAUAUGCUCUGCUCACAGCAAUUGUCAUCCUCUCUCCAGACAGACAGUACAUAAAGGAUAGAGAGGCAAUAGAGAAGCUUCAGGAGCCACUGCUCGACGUGCUACAGAAGUUGUGUAAGAUCCAUCAGCCUGAAAAUCCUCAACAUUUUGCCUGUCUGCUGGGCCGCCUGACCGAACUGAGGACAUUCAAUCACCACCACGCGGAGAUGCUGAUGUCAUGGAGAGUGAACGACCACAAGUUUACCCCACUUCUCUGCGAAGUCUGGGAUGUACAGUGAUGAGCAUUGCAGGGGAAGGGGCUGGCUACUUUUUUCACUCAUGCUAUAAAUCUGAUGUAUAACAUUCCUUUGUUUCAUUUGUACCUGGUUUCAUCCAAGGAAUCUUGAUGAAUAUUUAUGUAAUAAUUACACAUAUAAUUUCCACAAUUGUAAAUACGGGGCUAGAUAGAAUCACUUUGUCUGCAUUGUAUUUCACAAGGCUUCGGGGAAUCCUACGUUCUAACUGGUAUGCCCUGUUUGCCUAAUUAAAUUGAUUGUUACUUCAAUUCUACCUGUUGAACUGGGAAAAAAAUCUCAUUUUGCUCUUCCCUUUAACAUAUUGGAUUUAUUUUAUUAAAGAGUUGUAUUCAAUUUUGGCAAUAAACCAAACAUAAUGGCAAA